CCAUUUGCAGGGUUCAGGUUCACACUUGAACACAUUUUUUUAUGAACUACAACUUUAAAGAGACUAGACAGGGGGUGUGUCACACACUUGUAUCCUAUUCACUCCCUCAGUUUGGAUAAAUGCCUGGUGAGGGUCCCGGCUCUCCGGACCCUAUCCCGAAGGGGGGUCUGGAGGGAUACCAGUCCAUCACAAAGUAGCAACACACACAGUCACACACAAUGGGCAAGUUAGCGUGACAAAUUCACUGGAACUGCGUGUUUUUGUGCUGUGGGAGGAAACCGGAGCACCCAGAGCGGAGAACAUGCCAACUCCACAGACUGAGUCGGAUUCGAACCUACGUCCGAAGGCCGGGUGCAGUGAGGCUCUAGCUGUUGUGUAAAGAAUAUAGGAAAUGAAGGGAGUGAAAUUGUCUCCGUUUUCAUCCCACACUGCGGGGUCCCUCCUUCGUCCCUGAGCGACGCCAUGCGCCGUUUCACCCGCUUUUACCUGGUCAGGGAGGUGCCUGUGUUUGAGUUGCUGGGGGAGGAGUGUCUGGAGAAGACUGUGAGGACAGGUAGAUUCUAUGCCCUGUCCUACAAGACGAGAAUCGACCAAGACGACGUCGUCGCCCUUCUUCCCACUGGUCAGUUGAUACUGUCUGUGGUUAAGGACACGUACGAGCAGCUGGGUCUGGAGGGCAGGCCGUCGCAGUACGCCCAUAAACGGCCCAUGAGAUACGUGGUGGUCAUAGACCUCACAGACAAGUCCAUGGCCCCGGGUUCGAAACGCUACGACCGGGUGUUGUGGGCCCUCAGAGAAAAAGUGCCGCUCAAGACGGACUUCCUAAUGGCCUGUCACAGCGUUGUGGGCACCGAGGCCUGGUCUCUGCCACCCUGCCUCUCCCGGUACCCCUGGAAGGAGCUCCAGGCAUCUGUGGACACCCAGACCUUGCGAGACCUGCCCUGCCCUGUCCUUCAUGGCGACGACCUGCGCGGAGAGACCGCCUGCGAACCUCACGCCUUCCUGGAGUGGCUGGGAGCUGUCGGCUUGGGCAUCGGCUGUGAGAACGAGGCCACGAGUUUCCUAUCCACGUAUGAAUGUCCAGAGCCGCGGACGCUUGUGGACCAGGCUGUGCUCUGCACGGUCACUGGGCUGCUGCUUCCUGAGGAUAUCCACUCGCUGCUGGAGGAGCUGCGGCGCUAUUUUGACCAGCCCAAGUCGUCAUCCUGGCUCUCACUGGUGGUCCACGGCUUUGCGGACAGUCCCAUCUCCUGGGGGAUGGCAGAGCACGGCUUCCACAAGGGCGGGGAGAACUUCUACAGCUUCGUGCUCUUUAAGAACCAGGACUAUUGGCUGCACAUGGGCACUGGGGCAAAUGAUGGCUGCCCUCCCUAACCACUUUAGUACACGUACGUGUCAUAACUUCACGUGAAGUGUCACAUGAACAGGAGCUAAGAGAGACCUGUGGGGCAGCGCACAUCUGGAGGUCUUCAGAUCUGCUCCAUAACUGACUUCAAUUCUAUGCUGUAGUCACUAACCAAUGGUGUGAAGACCUGUGAAUCAAUAAAACAAUGAAGUACUUUCCUUUUUGUAUGCCUGAGUGAAAAAUACAAUUGGUCUGCAGGGCACGGAUG